AUGUCCCGAAAUAUCCUCAUCACCGGUGCAGCUGGCUUCAUCGGUGGUACCAUUCUCUCCCAGCUACUCGAACGCCAGGACGCAAGCACAAUCUUCACCGUCGUACGCACGGACGAGCAGGAGCAGCGCAUCUCUCCGCUGGGUGUGCAUGUCCUGAGGUUGGACUUGACAGAGGAGGAGGCUGUCACUCGCGCUAUUCUGGACAAAGAUGUGGAUAUUGUCAUCAAUACCGUCAGCGCCGUCGACCCUUCCUACAGUCUACCCUUGAUCGCAGCCGUUGGUGUCAGGGCGGCCAAGACAGGCAAGGCACAUUCUGUCUACAUCCACACAUCGGGUGCCACUGCCUUUGCCGACAAGUCAGAUUGGACUCAUGGCCCCGUCAACGAUACGGACAAUGUCUACAAGCUUGUCAAGGAGACAUCGACGCCCUAUCCUGUCCGCCAGACUGAUGUCGCCGUCGUCGAACAGGCAGAGAAGCACAAUGUGCUGGCAUAUAUCAUCGUGCCGGGCUUGGUUUGCACGUCGACCCCCCUCUUCACCGAACCCAGAGGUCUCUCACUAACUGGAGCAGACGGUCGUGGCACCGGGCAAUGUAACAAGAUCUCUCUCCAGAUCCCUAGCAUGAUCAGGUCCGCCAUCUCAAGCAGGGUUAACCACAAGUUCUCAGAGAACGGGCGCUGGCCGGGAAUCCACGUCCAAGAUUUGGGUCGCCUCUACGUAGCUUUACUCGCGUCGAUUCAGCACAACACAGCCUGUCCGCCAUCGGGAGAGCAAGGCUUCAUAUUCGGAACCGGCCACAGCGUCUCGUGGUGGGAUGUCGCGGAGGGUCUGGCGCCGCACCUGUACCGACGCGGCCUUGUUGAUGGCCCACGAACGGAGCUCUGGGCAAGCGACCAAGAGGCGUCCAAAGGACUUCUCGUUCCACAAGUUUUCAUACCGAUUGGUUGGAACUCCACUGCCUACGGGACCUUUGCCAGGGAAGACCAAAUACCAUGGAAACCGGAAUGGACCGCAGAACGAUUUACCAAGAGUCUAGGCGAUGAGAUCCAGGCGACCAUCGAGGCGGGUUCCUCAGCCAAGACAGCCGCCACGUACGCUCCUGCUGAGUAG